AUGUUUCCGUGUCACCCGCCGAGUCGCCGGCGCUGGGCUCGGCCGCCGGCUCCCGCCUGCCUCCGUAACAGCAGAAAGCGUGCGAUUAGCAGCCAGACAGGCGGGGACUCAGGGCCCGCGGGGCCGCCGCACACGCCGCCCGCGGCCCGGGCCCGCGCCCCCCCGCCUGCCGGGUGGAGUGGCAAAGUCCGAGCCCGGCAGCCGACCCUACGUCCCUACGUGGGGAGGGGAGAAAGUGCCGGUGCCGCCGUGACCUACUGGGGUCCCCCGCCGGAGGCUAGAGGGUGGCGGCCUUUUGACCUUCGAAAGGAGACCCGGGCCUCCAGCAGGCCCUCUGGCUUCGCGCUCUGUCGCCCGGAGUGGGUGGGAGAUGGGGGUGGCCGAGGCUCGGCUGCUCCUGGCCCUGAGCUUCAGAGCCCUAUUUUUUCCUCCGCGAUCUCUGCACACAACAGUAGGCAGCCUCUCCCAGCACCACGCUCCCAGCUGCAGGGUCUGGGAGCAGGUGUUCCUGCCCGGCCGGAGUGGCGGCUCCGAGCCCCUCCUGCCCCAGCUGCGGGGCUGUGCGCGGUGCGGCGGGGGGGAGGCCUGCUUAUCGUGGUAGCAGAGGGACAGGAACAUCUCAUCGGACAGCAGGAAGGGUCCUCCCGGCUUACACCGGGAUACCUCAGGGCGCCGGCCGUCGCCUGGGGCGAGGAAGGAUCAGGGGUGACGCGCGGCCAGCCCUCGUCUGGAACAGCCCUGGGGCCAGCGGAGGCCGCUCGGGGCGGCGCGAGGGCUUCCGGUCCCCGUGACUGCGGCGGCGGCGGCGGGGCGGCCGCGAGGAGCACCCUACCCCGGCUGCCGCCGCGGCGCGGCUCUCGGAGCGGCGCCCUCUGUGUCUGGCAGCGCCGCCUUCGGCUUGCGUUGGGAUGGGGACCGCGGGGUGGUCUUGGCCCAGCCCCCACGGGGAACGGCGGGGAGGCGGGGGCCAAAGGCCCCGCGGGAAUGGCCGCGCGCUCCCAGCCCCCCUCCACGCCACCGCCGCUGAUAUGGCGGGCACGUGAAGCGCAGCUCGGCGCCCCGGCGCCAGCCUGGGAGCGGCCUGCCCCGCCGGCUCAGCUUACCCGCGGGCCCAGGAACGCGGAACCGAGCCUGGCCGUGCCCCGCGGAGUCUGCGGCCCCGCACCCCCUCCCCGCCUGCGCCCGGCCUUGGGGCCGCGCCAGGCGGCUCGCCCGAGGGGAACUCGGGCUGACUAAUGGGACGCGUGUGGGCCUUACGUGAGGCCGGGCUGUCAGCGGAUGCCCGCUUGCCCGGAGCUUAGACUGCGGCCAAGCUUUUCGGGGAAGGGCGAGAGGAGGGGUUUCCCCACUGGGCGGUUUCGGCUCCCCAGGGACAGUCCGGCCGGGGCAGGCCCCAGGCUUUGGUUCUUGCAGCCUGGCCUGGAGAUGGCAGAGUCUGCGUGUGCCUGGCGCCACGGUGCCGACCCUCUUGGGGACGGGGUGGGAGCCUCGGGGCUGUGGGCUAGAGGCUAGGUCUGGGGCGCCCGCCUUGAUGUUUGCGCUCUGGGGCUAGCCACUGGGCUGGGGGGAAUUUGCAGGCCGCCCUGAGGUCGUGGAGUUGGAUACCAAAACCUUCCUCAACAGUCUUCCGGAAACCCCUUCGUGAAAUUCCUGUGCGGAAAGAAGGAUUUCUAAAACUCCCCGAGGGUCCGGUUCUGUAGAACUCGGGUUCUAAGGAGUGUGAUUUCCUUUUUCUCCCUUUAUAGGGGCCUGUAAAUGUCAGAAGAGUUUCUUCUUAUUUCUUAUUAAUAACCACCUUAUGUUGACUUCGUUAUAUGACCCUCCGAAGUAUAACUACCUGUUUAGUUUCAAGGCAGAGUGCGAUGGCGAAACCUCGACCAGUAACUAAGAGAAGGAAAACCCGGCCGCGAGCUUGGGUUGGAUACAGGAUAAAUCCUCAUCACGCAUCCCUGGUUUUAUUCAGCCUAAUUACACUCGUAAUCCAGCCCCCCACGAGAAAGCUCGAAACCCUGCAGUCGAGGUGCGACUUUUCCUGGGGAGCCCCGCCAAUGGGGAGUGGGUUGUCGGUGGAGGGGAGGUGGGUUUUAAAUGUCACUUCCAAAUGUAUGUUUUCCUUCAGCCUCUUUCCUUUUUUCUUUCCUUCCUCUUUCUUUCUUUUCCUUUUUUGAUGCAGUUUUCGAAAAGAGCAUUUUUUUCGAGAUAAGAAGUGACCGAUCAAAAUCGCUGAGGGGAGGUUGUAAGCAGCCGCUUUGCCCCAGCUUAGCGUUAUCUUAUCUUUCACACUUGCAUGGCGGAAAAAAAAUUGGCUUAUCUUUAUCCCCACCCCCUUCUCGCCUUAAUUGCUAAAAAACACUGGUGUGUUAAACCGGGAGGAAGGAGGUCUCUGGAUUGUCAGUGGAAAAGGAAGAUUCAAAAAUGUGGGCUCCCGGGAGAAGCAAGGGUGGCAGAAUUUAUUCUCCGCUCCCCCCCCAAGCCUCUCCAGUACAACACAGAGGGUGUAGUCCAGGGUGGAAGGAAGGAUGGUUCAAUUUUUUUUUUUUUUUUUUAAGAACAAAAUCUGGGGAUGGCCUGGGGUCGGGUGACUUCCCCAGGCCUCGCUUUCUGAACUUCUCCCCUCCUUCAUCUCUCAAAAGCUGCUGGUGGGUCUGGGUUGAGGCCUCUCACUCUGCCUUCGUCCUCCCUCCUCUAGACACAGCCUCCUUUUGGGGAGAGGGGAAUGCAAGGCUGGGACGCAUAGCCUGCUGGAAAUCAUUAAAAUAUAUGCGAGUGUCUGCAAACACACACUUUUAAAUCAUGGCGUUUCCCCUCCACGCUGGUCUAUUUAAACUCCAGAGCGAGCUGGAUCUCCUCCCUCUCAGUCGUUUGUCUGUGUCAGCGACAGGCCGCUAAUGGCCGGGCUUCCAGGCGCUGUGCAUUAUGCAUUAGCCUCCUCCCUCCGCAGCACACAGAAGGUUCUGUCAGGCCGCGCCACACAAACCACCCUGAGCCCCCACCCCACCCCCCGCACUCACUGCCGGGGCUUCGCGGCUGCUAACGCGCUGGAAACGCUGGGAUGGAGAGGGGGAUGAGCAUCGAGAGCAGAGUGGUUCGGAAGGUGGAAUGGGAGCGGGUGAAAUGUGCCGAAGACUACGCCGUUUGGAAUCCCCAGCCCGUUGUGAGCCCCAAAGCUGUGCUCUUGGCUGCGACCUUCUCGAAGCAAACAUCCCGCUCAACUCACCUCUGUGACUGACUUUGUUGGGUGGCGGGGGGCGCGGGUCAGAGGUAUUUAGAGACAUAUCAGCACUGCAUUCCCUUCUGCUGGUCCGUACACACCUUCCUGCCGCAGGCGAGGGACUGACAGGGCCUUCUCCACCCCUCCAGUUCGGGAGUGGUAUCGCGAAGGGGUUUGGGGUGGUGCGAUUUCGCAGGGACCUGGUGGGAGUGGAGGAAGGAAGCUGGAUACAAAAUGGCUGGGGCUGGAGGCCGGCACACUGGGUCCGAAGGCGAGUGGUUGGUAGUUCUCCGCCCCCUCUCUCUGCGGUUCCCACUCACUGCCCCCAGCCGGGUAAAAUAUGCGCAGGAGGCGCCUUUCUAAAUAAGCAGCGGAGGAGGGACGUGGCGUCCGGGUUUAUCUGCUGGAGCAUCCGGCCCAGCGCGGCGGCGUCGAAGUCUCUUAAGCCCUUGCCGAGCGAAAGACACGGUCUCCCAGAAGCCUCCUGUAUUUAUGUCCAUUUGGUCGACACCCAACCACCCUGCGGGCCCCCAUAAUGUACAGGCUAGUUUACCCAAGCGUGCCUGAGUUCGGGGAGCUCAGGGCCUGACCCAAAUCAAGCCCAGACCAGAAAUUCCGAGACGGUUGCUAGGAACCACGGAGAGCGUGCGCCUAGGGCCUUCCUCCCCCAAACACCCAAUAACCCUCCAAAGGCCAGGAAGAAGAAAGAGCAAUCAGGUUCCACCUGGCGACCGUUAAGUCCAGCAGUCUUUAGCCCUGGGAGGCAGCUACCUUUAGAUGUUUCCAGAUGAGUGAAAUCCUGGGAGAAGGAUGGGCCUCCUCUUGUUACCUCGUUUAAGUUUCAGGGGGGCAAGCCAGCCGUGCCUUGUGCUUGGUGGACGGGGCUGUCGAUCUUCUUUAAAGUGCUAUUGGAUAAGCCCAGAGUUCUUGUGACAAGUGACCAGAAGACUUUAAGUGUGAGUGUGUUUUAAGAGAAAGACUACCUCACAUGUAAAAAAAUAUAUGAUCUGUACUCAUGCAAGUCCCACCUGUUCCAGUACCAAAUGUCAUCCUCCUGAGAACAGCCUCCGAGGAGGGCCACUGGAGGGAGGCCUACAGAGCUUUAUGAUGUGGAUCCCACACAUAAGUUAUAAAUGAACCUUGCA